AUGGCUGUUGACGUAGAUUCGAAAUAUAUUAUUAACAUCUUUCCUUAUCUCGGAAAAAAUAAUGAACGUCCUGCGAAGGAGAGACUAGGAGAUUUUGUAGUCAAAAAAUUAGUAGAUCCGUACUUAAACAGAGGAAGAAACGUAACUUGUGAUAAUUUUUUCACUUCCUUAGAAUUAGCAAAGUUUUUGAAAUCCAAAAAAACUAGCUUAGUUGGCACAGUCAACAAGGCUAGAAGGGAAGUGCCGAUCUGCGUAAAGAACGCCAAAGAGAAACUUUACUUUACCAAAGCGUUCAAAAGCGACGACAUAACUCUUACAGUCUAUCAAGGAAACACUAAAAAAAAUGUCGUUUUACUGAGUUCAAUGCUUCGUGAUGUAAGAACUGGAAACGAUAAAAAAUCAAAGCCUGAAACUGUGUCUUUUUACAACUCGACCAAAUAUGGAGUCGAUGUGGUUGACCAAAUGUCGGGAAUCAAUGCUUGGGUCUUGUACAAAGAACUUACAAAAGAAAAGAUAUCUAGACGCGAAUUUCUUUUCAAACUAGGCGAAGAACUUGCCAAAGAGUACGUUGAAAAAAAGAGCGCCAACGCUAACUUGCCUGUGUCAGGUGCUGGAGGUUCUC